CGGGUACCUCCCGAGAUACGCAGCCGGACACCUCCCCAGCCCAGACCCAACAGAACCAUGGCCUCCAACCGCCAGGUCCCGGGUGAGAACACGGCCCCGGCCCCAACGGCCGCGAGGGACGACAACUGGGAUGAGGCGCGCUACGAAGCAAGCCUCAAGCACCUCCACGAGCUGCACGUCAAGCUCCGAAAGCUCCGGUCAACGGUCCCGCGCAUGAUCGAGCCCGCCGCCGAGACGCGCUCCCAUGAGACCCCCGAAGAGCUCUUUGCGUUCCUGCAGCAGUCGGUCAGCAAGGGCAUGGGGGACGUCAAGGAGUUCAAGGCGGCCAUGAACGACGAGACCACGGUCAAGAUCAUGGAGCGGGCCAGACAGGGCCGCCUGAAGAAACCCCUGGGAAUCAAGCCGUGGCGGCCCCGGGACGACCCCAACUGGACAAAGAUGGACCUGGAUUAGACAGAAACCCCCCCACACCCGCAUGCCCCCGACUAUCUGAACACAAGCUCGCUUCACUUACAAACCCCACCCGACGGAACAGCUGGCAUGCUUCCAAAUCCGGGACGGGCAACUCAAUAACCUAUCUAGACUCAAUCAUUACAAGAGCAUCGCUGUGGGUUCACUAUGCCCAGC